AUUAUAGAUUAUUUAUUAUCAUUAAUUGGAAGUUUAUUAUUAGUAGUUUGUGUAAUAGUAGGAGUAGCUUUUUUGACUUUAUUAAAACGUAAGGUUUUAGGAUAUAUUCAAAUUCGUAAGGGGCCUAAUAAAGUAGGUUUUAUAGGGUUAUUGCAACCUUUUAGUGAUGCUGUGAAUUUAUUUACUAAGGAACAAACUUAUCCUUUAUUAUCAAAUUAUAUUUUUUAUUAUUUUUCUCCUAUUUUUUCUUUAUUUUUAUCAUUAUUAAUUUGAAUGAGAAUACCUUAUUUAAUUAAAUUAUAUUCUUUUAAUUUAGGGGUUUUAUUUUUUUUAUGUAUUACAAGUUUAGGAGUUUAUACUGUAAUAGUUGCUGGAUGAUCUUCAAAUUCAAAUUAUGCCUUAUUAGGGGGUUUACGAGCAGUAGCUCAAACUAUUUCUUAUGAAGUAAGUUUAGCAUUUAUUUUAUUAAGAUUUAUUUUUUUAAUCGGGAAUUAUAAUUUUUUAAAUUUUUAUUUAUAUCAAAAAUUUAUAUGAUUUAUUAUUUUUUGUUUUCCUUUAAGAUUAGUUUGAUUUGCUUCAUGUUUAGCUGAGACUAAUCGAACUCCUUUUGAUUUUGCUGAAGGAGAAUCUGAAUUAGUUUCUGGAUUUAAUGUAGAAUAUAGAAGAGGAGGAUUUGCUUUAAUUUUUUUAGCAGAAUAUUCAAGAAUUUUAUUUAUAAGAAUAUUAUUUAGAGUAAUUUUUUUAGGUAGAGAUAUUUAUAGAAUUAUAUUUUUUUUAAAAUUAACUACAAUUUCUUUUUUAUUUAUUUGAGUACGGGGGACUUUGCCUCGGUUUCGUUAUGAUAAAUUAAUAUAUUUAGCUUGAAAGAGAUUUUUACCUAUAUCUUUAAAUUAUUUAUUUUUUUUUAUUGGUUUAAAAAUUUUUAUCUUGUCUCUAUUAUUUUAA